UUUUGAAGUGAUAACUAAAUUAAAAGUUAAGAAAAAACAGAAAAAUGCAAGCUCAAGCUUAUUUACAAAAUUACAGGUGCCCAUGCCAAAGCCAAAAUGCAUGUUCCUGCCCUCACAAGGAUUUAUCGGCAGAAGCAUUUCUAAAUAACAUUAAGGAUAUAGCUGCAACCCUUGUCAAGGUAAUGAUAGUGUGUGGCGUCGAUAAGUGCAAUGCCGCACUAUCAGCUGAAGUUGUCAUACACGCAUUUCUCUACUACGAUGACAUAUUGCGGGGUAUAGGAGUGGUUCCUAAAAAACGGUUACGCCGUGAAGAUUUGAUGUACAAGUUUACCACAGAUUGUAAUAUGACAUUAAGUGAAUCCCACUUAUCCUAUGCAAUCGUGAAACGGGCAUUUAAGGCAUUCUACUAUGGUACUACCGAGGGUGGCAUUAGAAAUACCCUUCUGGAGGCAAAACUAGUGCAUACACAGGAGUGUUUGUGGGUGCAUGCAGCGAAGAGGACUGCGGAAGUUUUUUCUGAGUACGAAGGCAUGUUUUAUAAUGCAUACAGCAAAUACGAAAGGCAUAUAAUGUGUUUAUAUAAACAUUUGUUUGAUCGGAUACAAAGACGUGCAGAGCCAAUAGCUGGAGAUGUGUGUACAUGUGAAGACUGUUUUGAUAGCACAGAAGUAAAAUACGCUAUACCUAUAGAACCAGUUAAAACUGCUUAUCCAGAUUCUAAGGCAUGCGCACAGUUAAUAUGUAAUAAAACAGAUAAAGAUAUAGUCGAUGACAACGAUGAAAAUGUUUGUUUAGAAGAAGAACAGGAAGAAAAAUGUACUGACUCUGAUGAAACAGUAAAGUUGCCGCGUUGCUUGAAAUGUACCUGUCCAAAACUAAUAUGUGAAUGUGAUGUCGAUCCAGUCACGGGCGUACAAAAUGUUGAUUGUGGUCAAGGUCCAUUUCAAUGUAAAUGGUUCCGCGUUAAAAACAAGCCAAUUGAUUUGUCCAAACGGUUAGAUAGGCCUCAACACCAUCAAUGUCCUGUCGAUUGUCGUGGCGACACUAUUAGUUUAUCAUGUGAUAGUGUUUGUCAAUGUGAUUGCGAUGUUUGUACUUGUGAAGUUACACCCACAACACCGUCAGAGUCAACGUUUGGUGAAGAAGAGUAUGAAGAGGAAUCUUCAGAAUAUAUGGGUGCAUCUGAAGUGGAAACUGAAUCUACCGUAAGUGUAACAGAACUGCCACGACGCAAACAUUUUGGCGGUUGUAGAGUGGGGCCACCAAAUGUCGAUGACAGCGAUAGCGAUGAUUAUGAGUACGAUGAAUACGGAAGAAGGAUAAAGAGGAAGAGAAAAGAUGCUGAUAGAGGCGCACGUCGUCGAAGUAAAGCCAGCGCAUACUCAUUUCAUGACUCAAUGGAUUCUAUUUUGAAGCAUGGAAAAUCAUCACAAGUAGACGACAUACUUAAAGUUAAAAAAUAUCAAAAUUUUUAUAUGAACAUUUGGAAAGAUAAAUAUUUGAAGCCAAAAAGGGAUGAUCCAUUAAUGAAAUCACUCGAUUCGCAAAACUCUGAAGAAGACUUAAUUAAAAUUCCAUUUUUGUGAUACUCUGACGAUAUUAUUUGGAUCAAAUAAAACUUAAAUAAAAAAAUAAAUAC